AUGGUGCCAUCUGCCACCAAAACCACAGAAAUAUCAGAAAGCCAGAUGCCCCCUUUUGUGCACAAUCAUUAUAGUGAAAAAGAAGAGAAUGAUGAAAAGACUAAUAAGAAGAAGAAGAAGGAAAAGGAGGCGAAGGAGCCCAUGGUUGGCCCAUUCUCCGUGUUCAGGUUUGCAGACAGCUUGGACAUUCUCAUGCUUUUAGUCGGGACUGUGAUGGCGAUAGCCAAUGGGGUGGUGCUUCCUCUCAUAUGUAUCGUCUUUGGAGACAUGACAGACAGUCUUGUUAACAGCGCUUCCUCUAACACCAGUGCAAACCCCCCCAAUCUCACCUUCUCAGAAAACAUGACCAACCCAUUAGAAGAGGAAAUGACGACGUUUGCCAUCUACUAUUCCAUCCUGGGAGCCGUCGUGCUGGUUGCGGCCUACCUCCAGGUGUCUCUCUGGACUCUGGCUGCCGGACGGCAGGUUAAACGCAUCCGCAAGUUGUUUUUCCACAGAAUCAUGCAGCAGGACAUCGGCUGGUUUGAUGUGAACGAAACAGGAGAGCUCAACACACGACUAACAGAUGAUGUCUACAAGAUCAAGGAGGGAAUUGGUGACAAGGUGGGGAUGUUGAUCCAAAGUUUUAGUAGCUUUAUCGCAGCUUUUAUCAUCGGUUUUACCAAAGGAUGGAAACUGACUCUCGUCAUCCUGGCUGUGAGCCCAGCUCUGGGGAUCUCAGCUGCACUUUUCAGUAAGUUGCUGACAAACUUCACUACCAAAGAACAGAGUGCAUAUGCCAAAGCUGGUGCUGUUGCAGAAGAAGUCCUCUCUGCCAUCAGGACGGUGUUUGCCUUCAGUGGUCAAAAGAAGGAGAUUGAGAGAUAUCACAAGAACUUGGAAGAUGCUAAAACGAUGGGAAUAAGGAAGGCAGUCUCUGCUAACAUCGCCAUGGGAUUCACCUUUCUGAUGAUCGACCUGUCUUAUGCUCUGGCCUUUUGGUAUGGCAGCACCCUAAUCCUGAGUGGGGAAUACACCAUUGGAUCUGUGCUCAUGUGGCAUACAGAGCCAUCAGUAGGUUAA